ACACUCAGAUGCACGUCACUAAGCUGAAUUAUCUUUCACUUGUGCACUUGAUUUUUUUUUAAUUAAUCGUUUUUUCUGUUCUAGUCCGAUAAAGGCCACGAUUGUAGAAGGCUAUAUUUUUCCGAAAAUUAAAUUAUAUACUUAUUUCUACGUUUCUUGCUAUCAUAUAAUUCGUUUAUCUAGCAUAACAUUCUAUCGUUUAUUCCGAUAGUGAAUUUUCGUGAUUGUGUGCAUUUUAUUCAAUUGUUAAAGUGUUUAUUUCAAGUCCAAAGUGCGUUGUUUUGUUGUGCCUAAUAAAGUGUGUAGCUGAGGAUGUCUUUAGAGGAAAAAUUCCAUGCAGCGGUCAACGUUAUUCGGAGUUUGCCCAAAAGUGGGUCAUACCAGCCCAGCAAUGAGAUGAUGCUGCGGUUCUACAGCUACUACAAGCAGGCCACAGAGGGACCCUGCACGAAGGACAAGCCAGGGUUUUGGGACGUCGUCAACAGGGCAAAAUGGGAAGCAUGGAACAAACUCGGGGAUAUGUCAGCAGAAGUCGCGAUGCAGUCAUAUGUCGACGAGUUACACAAGAUCGUGGAGACGAUGUCAUAUAACUCGGAUGUAGCGUCGUUCCUAUCGGUCAGCGAUGACGAGCAGAACUUCCCCAGCGCCGACCUCGAGCUCGUCGCCGGCGACGUGUUGGCGAGAUGUCGCGACUCACAGCAUACCUCCCCCACGUAUUCUCGCUCGGCGAGCGGCGCGUCGUCGCCCAUACACACGAGCAGCACACCGCCACGGACACGACACGACUCUGAGGACGAGUUUAUUGACACCGUCGACGUCACUGUCAACGAGCCAGAAGCGGCGGCCAUGACAGUUCCUCGUCUUAGCAACGGACACGCGCAUCAGAUCACUUCACAACUCACACAUCUAAAGGUACUGGAGCAGCUGCCGGGUGCUCUGGCGAGGUUGGAAGCGGAUGUCGCCGCUCUAAGGAAAGCGGUAGAAGGCGACAGGAGAAUACUGGAUGAAGUGUCUCGGGGCUGGCGGUGGCCAUGGCAGGAGUUAAGUCCACCCACCAUGUUUUUAAUGGUGGUUUGGCCUUUCAUAGCAUUCCGGAUCGCGUCGCGGCUACAACGCAGGAAUACUUAGCCGGUACUACGAAGCUCGCAACGUAAUAAAAUCUAGGUCAUAAGUGUAUACUGGUGUUGACAUUUUACAGUUUUUUAUAUGGGGAUGUGACGUCAUAGAUAUCUUUUUUUGUUGUAGCAACAUUAUAGUCAUACAAUUUGUAUAUUAUAAAUGGUUCUUUUUUUUUCUCUUUCUCGUCUGGCUUUACACUGAUUAGCCAAUGUCAAGUUUGUAGUUAUUUACAAGUUAGGA